AUGAGUAACACAGAAGGCGAAAUUGUAACAAUUUUUGUUGGACAAUCAGGAGUUCAAGUAGGCAAUGCAUGCUGGGAACUUUUCUGUCUCGAACAUGGUAUAAACCCUGAUGGUUGUGUGGUCCAAGGUUAUAAUAGCGAUGACAAUUCUUAUCAAGCAUUUUUCUCACCAUCUCAAAUGAAUAAAUUAACACCCCGUUCAAUAAUGAUUGAUUUAGAGCCGACUGUAAUUGAUGAAGUACGCACUGGUUGUUAUAAAUCAUUGUUUGACCCAACGUUAUUAAUAACUGGUAAAGAAGAUGCAGCUAAUAAUUUUGCACGAGGAUAUUGUAAUAUUGGUCAUGAUAUUAUUGAUACUGCCAUAGAUCGUAUCCGUCGUUUAUGUGAAGAUUGUUCCAAAUUAAUAGGAUUUAUUAUUUUUCGAUCAUUUGGCGGGGGUACAGGAAGUGGAUUCACAACAUUGUUAUUGGAAAGUCUUAAACCAGAUUAUGAUAAAAUAACAAAAUUAGACUUUUCAAUUUAUCCAGCGCCACAUAUAUCAACAUCUAUUGUCGAACCUUAUAAUGCUAUUUUAACUACACAUGGAACAGUUGACUAUGAAGACUGUUGUUUUAUUGUUGAUAAUGAAGCUCUUUAUGAUAUCUGUUCAAAUAAUUUAGAAGUUGAACGUCCAACUUACACCAAUUUGAAUCGUCUACAAUCCCAAGUAGUUUCAGCAACAACGGCUUCAUUAAGAUUCGAAGGAUCACCUAAUGUCGGAUUAGAAGAAUUGCAAACAAAUCUCGUGCCAUAUCCACGAAUUCAUUUUCCUCUGAUAACAUAUUCCCCAAUAAUAACUGCGAGACAAGCGGCUAAUGUAGAUAUCAACGUAUCGCAUAUUACAAAUGAAUGCUUCCAACCUUCGAAUCAGAUGGUAAAAUGUGAUCCUAGAAAUGGCGCUUAUAUGAGCUGUUGUUUAUUAUAUCGAGGUAAUAUUAAUCCAAAUGAUGUUAAUAAUACUAUUAAAUCACUGAAAGGAAAAAAAGAUAUUCAAUUUGUUAAUUGGAGUCCCACUGGUUUCAAGAUUGGAAUCAAUUAUCAGCCUCCAACAACUGUACCAGGUGGUGACUUGGGUAAAACGGACAAAUCAUUAGCAAUGCUAUGUAAUAACACCUCGAUACGUCAUGCUUGGUCAAGACUGGCACAUAAGUACGAUCUAAUGUUCAAAAAACGCGCAUUUGUACACCAUUUUGUAAACGAAGGAUUAGAUGAGUCGGUAUUUUUUGAAGCCAGAGAUAACAUUGCAACGCUUAUUGAUGAUUACAAAGACGUCGAGAAGUAAAAUUACUUACAUUUUUUUUUGCUUACUUAAUUAAUUUAAAAAAAAACUUUUAUUGUUAUUAA